AUGGGUGCCGCAUGCUGCGCAGGAGCCGCAGUAGCCGGCUCGGCCGCCUCUGCUGGUCCUUCCACACUGCUCGAUGGUACCAUCUACUCCUUCCUCUCGGCCAUCCCUAUCGCUCUUUACCACUACUAUCCUCAGAUCACAAUCGCGCUGGUGACGCUGCUGGCGCUGGGCGCAUCGACAUUCUAUCUCGUACUCGUCUUGCUCACGCCCGAAUCGAAGGGCAGCUCUCCCUCGGAGCUCACCUACCUCUCGACCGCGAGUGAGAAACCACAACCGCUGGCGAGCUUGUUGGAUGAGCUGUCGGAGAUUGGAGGAGAGGGAGGAGCGGUGCAGCUCAGCGUAGUGGUUCCGGCGUACAACGAAAAGGAGAGGUUGCCGGUGAUGUUGAAGGAGACGGUGGAGUUUUUGGAAGGCUUGAAGAAGGAGAAGAGGAGUUUGGUGCAAGGGCUGCCGCAGGAUCACAGCAAUGGAUCGAACGGCGUCGUCGCCAACGGAAUCCACGUCAAUGGAUCCGCUUCCACCACCCGUGUCCACUCCGCACUUCACAAUCCACUCUCUUCGUACGAGAUUGUCAUCGUCGACGACGGAAGCAAGGACAACACGCACCAGGUCGCACUCGAUUUCGCCCGAUCGCACCCUUCGGCAGGCUCGACGAUCCGCGUCAUUCGUCUCAUCGCGAACAGAGGCAAAGGCGGAGCCGUUCGACACGGCGUACUCCACUCGCGUGGCCACCUCGUCCUCUUCGCCGACGCCGAUGGCGCUACAUCCUUCCGCGACGUCUCCAAGCUCUGCCACACCCUAUCGCAAACCCUGACGACCAAAGGUCACGGUGUAGCUGUGGGCAGUCGAGCACACAUGGUCAAGUCGGAUGCGGUGGUGAAGCGAAGCUUGUUGAGAAACUUCCUCAUGCACAGCUUUCAUCUGUUCUUGACGUUGCUGUUGCGACCACCGACGUUGGGAGGGGUGAUGGGGAAGAUCACUGGGAGGAGUGGGAAGAAGGUCGUAGUGACGGGGAAGAAAGGUGGUUGCAAAGUGGUAUCUCUACCCGUGCAGCCGGAGGUGAAGGACACGCAGUGCGGGUUCAAGCUGUUCACCCGACCUACUGCACAACUCGUCUUCCCCGCCAGUCACAUUGACGGGUGGAUCUUUGACGUCGAACUCCUCAUCCUCGCCCAGACCAGCUCCCAACUCGCACUGCAACAACAACCGCACACAACGGAGGAAGAGCAACACGACGAGGUCGAAGGAGAACUCAACGCACUCAAACGUCUACCCAUUCCCGUCGUCGAAGUCAGCGUAGACUGGCAGGAGGUCAAGGGUAGCAAGAUCGAUCUGCUCAAGGACUCGAUCCGCAUGGCGUUGGAUUUGAUCGUCAUCAGAGCGAAUUAUGGGCUGGGCAGGUGGAAGCCUCCUGCCGCAGCUGUGUGA